UCGUAAUUUGCAAGAUGCUCGCUUCGCAGCGAUUAGUUUCGUUUUAAGAAAUAGGUAGAUUGUAUCUCCUUAAAAAUGGGUUCGAUUGUUUUGAGCACACUGUCUAUUUUUCUAGGAUUAUUUUUUAUUCUUGUGGGAUCGAUGAAAAUAUCCCCCACAAUAAAUAAAGAAAUGCAUAGGGAGAUAAGGAGAAAUUUUGUGCAGUAUGCGAAAGUAUUUCCUUUGGCAAGAACAUUUGGCUUUAAAAUACCAUCCAAAUACUUUCGAAUGGUUGUUGGCUGGCUAGAAGUGGCAUGUGGAAUCAGCCUUAUAUUUGUCCCUGGUGUCAUGAAGCUGCUAGCCAACAUAAUCCUUCUGGUGCUGAUGGUGGGUGCCUCCUACACGCACACGAUUAUUGAAGACAAAUUUGAGCGCACGGCCCCCUCCAUUGUGUUUGCUCUGAUGCUGGGAUGCAGACUUAUUGUUCAGUGGCAAGUUAGAAGGAAGGAAAAGAGAGCACUCAAAGACACAAAACAAGACUAGAUAUUUUAUUUGUUUGUUUGUGUUUAAUUUGUAGAUAUAUUUGUUAUUUUUUAUUCCAAAAGUCAGAAUUUUUCUUUACAUUAUUUUUAAGCUUAAUUUCUAAUAUAAUUUUUUGUAUAUUUUUGUUUUCAGUACUAUCAAGAGAGAUGAUGUAGUUAUUAUAAGAAUUUAUGCUUUGUUAACUUUUUUUUUUCAGAUAAAAAUUUAAACAAUCCUACAAUUACAAUUUUCAAUUUUUAUUAAGAUGUGGAAUUUCAUAAAAACUUUGAAAUACAUUGAGUAAGAAGGGAAUCACCUUUCAUUAUUUUAAAAAUAAUUCUUUGAUUUCUGAAAUAGUAAAAAAAUUUUCUCAUUGCUUAAAGCAUUUGUGUGAAAUGUGUUUGAAUCUAUUAAUGUUUUUUUGUUUUUUUUUUCAGUUUAAAAUCUGAAAACCCUUAACUGAUAAUUGAAAGUGUAGAACUUUAAAUUUCUCUACAAAUAAAUUGAAUUUUCUUAGAAAUUAAAAUUUAGCUUUUACUGUGUAAGAUGAGUCGUCUAAGAGAAUGGGUCUAAUAUGGCAACCAAAAACUAUCUAGGAGAUUAAAAAAUUUCUAAAGAUUAUGAUAAUUAGACAUAUUUCUUGUAUUCUCAAGCCCUUUUCUUUCUACACACACAAAAAGAAGAAACAACAAAAUAAAAUAUAUGGAAGAAAUAAAUUGCAUUAUUUUUUUUAAAUAUUGUGAAUUAAAUAUUGUAAGCAUAAAUAUCAUAUAUGUUUCUUUUUUGUAUUCAAAUAUAAAAAUUUUAUUUAUUUACUCCCCCCCCCCAUUUAAAGAUCAUAAUAUUGUUAUAUCCAAACUGAGGGAUCAUUUCAUAUUUAUUUCCAGGCCUCAAAAUUCAAAGUGUCACUCAAUUUGACAAUUUCACAUCAAAAGUAAUAUAUGCAGAUGAAAUUUUAAACUGGAUUAUGGAUAAAAUUUUGAUGUCUGAAUAAUUCUGGAUUAAUCUUAUAACUUUUGACUAAUUAAUUUGUUUUGAAAUGAUACCUUUGAAUCUGUUUCAUAUUUCAUACAGAAUAGUGAUGGAUAGGUGAUCUCUUGUUGCUCAACUGUAUAUUGGGGAUCAUAUUCCAAUUUUUAUUACAUUUUAUUUGAUUUUUUUUUUGUUUUAUUGUUAUUGUUAUUUUUUUUUUUAUUCUGUUUCAUAAACAGAUGUAGUUUGUCAUCUUGUAACAUGAAAUUUCUUUGUUUAUUAAUAUAUGUCUAUCAUAAAAAUUUAGAUUUAAUAUCUAAAUGUGCACAUCCUGUUUAAAAAUAAUAAUUAUGUGCCACUAAAGAAUAGAACAAAUUGCUUUUCACCUUGCAUUAUGGCAUUUUAUGACCUUUCCGAGGAUUUCCUAUUUUACUCAAACAAAAUCCAAUAUUUUAAUGUAAAAAAAUGCAAGAAUUAUUAUAUAAUUUUGUUUAACACUAUGGAAGAUACAAGUACAAUAUGAAAAAUAAUUUAUAAAACAAAAGUUGUAUAACUUCAGUCAAUUGGAUAACUAUUAAGAUGGCAAAAAAUUCUGUAGUAAAAUAAAUCUCAAAAGGGAAAAAAAAAUUAGAAAUCUUUUUUUUUUCUCCAAUAUUUUUAAUAAUAACUAUGAUUAAAUAGUUUUUGGUGUGUGAUUUUGGAAUUUUCAUAGAAAGAACAUGUAAAUUCUAAAAAUUAAUUUUUUUAAGAAAAAAAAAACUACAAUUUAUUUGUUUAUUGCUAUCUAAGAUGUCUAAUAGAUUUUAUUUUUGUUAUAAUGUAGAACUUAUGUUAAGAAUUGUUCUGUUACAUAUUUUCAUACAAAUAUUGAUCUAAGAAAAAAAUUAAUUUUACCUUUUUCUAGUCUAUUUGUAAUGCUUUGAAUUUGAUUUUUAGUGUAUUUAAACAGUGGUGGAUUUAGGUAUUUUGCAGCCAUAGGCAAUGUACAUAAUGAGACCCCUCUUUUAAUAAAUUAGUCUAUUUAUAUUUCAACACAUUUUUAACUUAAUCACCAUAAUAAUGGUUUAUUUUAGGUUAAUAUUUUGAGUAAUUAUGUGAUAUAUAGUUUUUAUUUAACAAAAUCAAAAGAAACAGCUUUUCACUUUGUUUAUGGUAUUCUCACUCAUAUGUAAUAUAGAAUAGCUUGAUUUGCAUUAGGUUAAAAUUAUCUUGAAGGACUGAAAACUGUCUCACAUUUGGGUGGUAUCCACAUUUAUACACAAUAUUAAAUUUAAACAGAUUUUUAGUGUUUAUAAAUACUGUAAUAACAAAUUGGAUCUAAUGGAACAGAAGAAAAGCUAACUUAUUAUACUGGGCAAUGAUAUGUAUAAUUGAUUGCAACUGAUAUUUUAUUUAAAUACAUGGCUAAUAUAUUGUUAAAUGCAUUAAAUUUGAAUUUUUACUAAUCUAAUUAUUUGGCAGCAGGCUAAUUACAAUUUUUUUUUAAUCUCCUGUUUGCAUCUCCUUUUAAGUAACUGUAUAGUCAGUUAUUUGCCUGUGUAUUAACAUUUUUCUUGUUGAUGAUAUGUGCCACAAAAUUGAGAAGAAACACCCUAUAUUAGAUUAUGAUCACUAUUGUAACUUCUUUUCAUAUUCAAACCUUUUUUUGCAUAUUGAAUGAACUUAACAGAUUUGGAUUGUUUUUGCUUUCAAAUCAAAAUAUGUGUCGCCCAUUAUAUUUACAAUCUUUCUACACUAUGUGCAUACAAACAGUUAAAUGUUAUUUAAACUUAAAUAUAAUGUAUUCAUUCCUAUAAUAAAAAGCAAAUAUUCAUUUAAAAAUCCACCAAAUUUAGAAAUUCAGAGAGUAAUAAAAAUAUUUGAUAAAAAGAAAUUCUUCGCAGUAUGAAAAUUCAAUCUUCUGUAAUAAAUCUAUAGUAAAUCUACACAAUUUUAAUAUAAAUAAUUAUUAUGCAAUGAAAACUAUACAAUUUUCAUGAGCUGGUAAUCAAAUUGUAGUUUUGUGCUUCUUAUUAUUAGUUUGCAAUUUAUGUAAAGUAAAAAUUCCUAAUUCUGUUGCACAUUUGGGGAAGAAAGAGGUGUAAUCUUGAUAAUGUCAAUAAAACCAGUGACUUAACUUUUAGAAUAUAUUUUUUAACAAAUAAGAUUAUCUGUAGUAUAUUAUUGCUAUUUUGAGUCAUUUUUUAUAUGUAUUUUGUUCAUAUGUUUUCUAGCAGCAGCUUGAGAAUUAUUUUUUACUUUCUUUAAAGAGCUUAUUUUUUUAUUCUUUUAAUCAUUUUAAUUUUAUGAAAUGAUUGUUAUUAUUAUUUUUUUAGAUUUGUAUUUAUAUGUUUUUGUACAAAUGUAAAGAUUUUAUGUAGAUGUUGUCUUCUUAUUUUUCUUAUAUUUAUUUAAAUUUUUUUUAUUUAAAACAAAUAAAGUAUUUGUAUUGUACAUUGAUGUAAUGAAAAUUUUACUAUUCUACCAUGAAUUCAAACACAGUUGUGCAAUGUAUUGAUAUCAACAUUUUAAUUUUCCAAACAUAUUGUGAAUUUGUAAUAUACAAUGGAAUUCUACUUCUUAACAUUCAGUAUAAUAUUAUCUGUACUGUAUUUCAUCCUUUUACAUGAUCAAAACCAUUUCUUUUACUGAUUUUCAUUAUUUGUCUUCACAGUGUUUUUAUUUUCUCGUACUCACCUUAUUUUUAAUUCAGGACAUUUUAUUUUUUGUCUGCUAAAUUGGUCAUUGAUUUCUGUUGGCUUUUUAUCACAAUUUGCCAAACUUAAAUGUUGGCAAAAAAUAUUACUUUUCGGUUUGCUAAACACUUUUGAAAGAAUUUUUUUAACAUACCGUGAAGUUUUUUCGACAAAUUUUAAUUCCAUUUGAAUUAAAUGAGAAGUAUUUUGGGUUUUUAAAAUGCUACAAUAAUUGCAUUGCAAACUCUUUCAAUGUCUUUUUUAAUCCCAUUAUGCUGUUUUUCUAUGUUUAUAAUUAAUUUAUGAGAAACUAUUUUUAUUCAUUUCUUAAUUAUAGGUGAACACUUUCAGUCUUAGUAGUAUUCAUACAAACUUCCUUUUCAUUUUGUUUUAUAGUAGAUUUUUAAUGUUUUAUUAAAAAAUAUAAAUAGAAUUGCUUUUCAAAAUAUGUUAUCUUUUGGGCAAUAAACAGCAGAAAAUGUAAACAUCAAUGCCUUUGCAUAACAGGAUCAAGAUAGUUAGUGUAAGAUUAGUUCUAGUAUGUGUAUAUUUCACUUAACCACUUAAAAAAAUAAAACUUCUAACCUGUGGAUUAGUCAUUCUUAACAUUUUGAUGCCUUCAGGAUUUUUUUCCCUUUCAAUUUGUAUAUUUAAUUAAUUAUAAGUCAUACUUGCAACAUUUUAUGAAUAUAUGCUUUUAUAUCAUUGAAAAUGUAAGCCGUGGAUUUUGAAAUAUGGUUAAUAAAAUGCUGAAUUCAGUAAACAUUUUUAAUAUUUCAAAUUUAUUAUUUUCCCAUUCUUUGUUGUAUAAUUAUAGAGAAUUAUUUUUUGAGGCAGGAAAAAAGUGACAUUUGUAUUGUUAUAUAUAUUAUCUUUGGCUAAGAAUGACUUCUGCAGAUCAAAUUACAUUGAUUAACAUUUCACUAAUACUUUAAUGUACAUUAUCAGUUCCACUACGAAUUCCUUUGGUAUCCUAUUUUUAAAGGUCAAAAUUUAUACUAGGCAAAUUUAUUCUUUUUCUUCUAGUGCUUUUGAUUUAAUAAGCUGUAAAUAAUUCCUGUAAGUGUGGUGUUUGGUAAAUUCUCCUGUAAUAUUUCAUUGCCAAUGAGUUUUUAUUUGUUGUACAGAGUGUCAAAAAUUACCUGCUUAAGAUUUGGUGAAUAAAAAUCUUUAA